AUGGCAUCUACAAACGAAACCUCACGCACCACUGAUGCUGGGGGCUCCCCCAAGUCGGUCAAGUCUCACAAAUCUAAUGCCUCGGCCCGCUCCCAACGGGGACCUGCAUCAGAGCACGAACUAUCUGCUGCAGGAGAAGCAGAAGGGGGACAUCCCCAGGUGGAAGCUGACCUGACAUGGUGGUAUGUCAAUAGGCUGACUAGCCUCGUUCUGCAGCCCGAUGUUGGCAGCGAUACAGCCUCGAAUUAUUCCAGUGAUGUGUCAGACACGGCAAGCGCUACAUCAUCGAUAUAUGCUUAUGAAUAUGAAAACGGACGUCGUUACCACGCGUACCGUGCAGGGCAAUAUCUCCUACCGAAUGAUGAGACAGAGCAAGAACGUCUUGACAUGACCCAUCAUGUGUUUUUGUUAACUCUGAAGGGGGAGCUGUGUGCGACGCAUCUGGAUAAUCCUCAGACGAUACUGGAUAUUGGAACAGGAACCGGAAUUUGGGCCAUUGAAAUUGGAGACCUGUUCCCGACAGCUGAGGUUAUUGGUACCGAUUUGAGUCCUAUCCAACCUACAUGGGUUCCGCCAAAUGUCCGUUUCGAGAUCGACGACGCCACAUUGGAUUGGACCUUUCCGAAAAACCAUUUCGACUUCAUCCACGGCCGUACCCUUGCUGGUGCCGUGAAAGAUUGGCCAGCACUUCUAAAGCAAUGUUAUCAGCACUGCAAGCCCGGCGGUAAGGUUGAGAUAUCAGAGGGCAGAGCAAACUUCUUUUGCGACGAUGACACGCUGAAGGAGGACACGGCGACGUGGAAAUGGCUCAGUGAGUUCAGAAGAUUGAGCGCUCCGUUGGGAUUCGAUAUUGUACCAGCCCUUCCCGAGAUGCUCACGGCUGAGGGGUUUGAGCGAGUCAAUCUGAUACAAAAGGUUGUGCCGAUGGGAACUUGGCCGAAAGGCCGAGAACUGAAAGAGAUUGGGCGAUGGUUCAGAGUGCAGUUCCUGGAGAUGGCACUGGAAGCUUACACUUUAGCCUUGUUUACUCGAGCCGGGAACUGGAAGAACGAAGACGUACAGGUGCUCUUAGCUUUGGUGAGGCAAGAGCUGAAAUCUGACAAGAUUCACCUGUACACCUACACGGCGUUUGUUACCGGAAGAAAACCAUUAGAUGCUGUGUGA